AUGUUAAAAGGGUUUGACUUUCAAAAAAAGUUAGGAGAAGGAGCAUACAGUUCAGUGUAUCGUGUAAAAAGGUUAGAAGAUAAUUAAAUAUAUGCCUUGAAAAUGGUAAAGUUAAAGGAAUUAAAUGAAGUAGAAAAGCAAAAUGCAUUAAAUGAAGUCAGAAUUAUAGCUUCUGUGCGUAGCCCAAAUGUUGUAAAUUAUAAAGAGUGUUUUAUAGACAAGCAAUUAGACGUUCUCUGUAUAGUGAUGGAUUAUGCAAGUGAAGGCGAUCUUCUUCAAAAGAUACAAGAACACCAGAAGAAAGGAUCCUACAUGAAAGAAGAAGAUAUUUGGAAUAUAUUUAUACAGAUGUUAAAAGGUCUUAAGUCUAUGCAUGACAUGAAUAUAAUGCAUCGUGAUUUGAAGAGUGCGAAUGUAUUUCUGUAUGAAGACAGGAUAGCUAAGCUUGGCGAUUUUAAUGUUUCUAAAUUGUAAAAGAAAAAUCUUUUAUACACCUAAACAGGUACUCCAUACUAUGCAAGCCCUGAAGUUUGGAAGGAUAUGCCUUAUGAUAAGAAAGCAGAUAUAUGGUCUUUAGGGUGUGUUCUUUAUGAAAUGGCAGCGUUGAGACCACCUUUCAAAGCUGAAGAUAUGCAACAAUUGUAUAAAAAAAUUACAAGUGGUAAAUUUGCUCGAAUUCCUGAUUUCUACUCGAAUGACCUUAUGUAUAUAAUAAACCAACUUAUAUAAGUUUAACCAUAUUACAGGCCAUCUUGCAAUUAAAUUCUUAAAAAUAAUAUUGUGAAAAAAUACAUUCUUGACAAACACUUGUUUGAAGUUGAGGAGAAAAGCAUACUUUUGAACACUAUUAAGUUCCCAAAAGAUUUUAAAAAUUUAGAUUUACCCAAGUCAAAUUAUACUCCUAUGAAACUUAAAAAAGUAUCGUAGCAAGUUAAGACUUUAGAGAAUGAUAAUUCAUUAGAAAGUGCAGAAGAACUAAAAAGUCAAAGACUUUUAACAGAAACAGAAAAUAAUAAUGACGAUACAUAAUAGAAGAAGAAAAAUUUGCCACAAGUGGCAGAAAAUAGCUAAAGCAACAGAUAAAAAAAAGAAAACCCAUUAAAUGAAUAUAGAGUGGAGAAUAUUUACCACAAAGGAAUCAGGCACAGAAAUUCUUCUAUUAAAAAGAGUGCAUAAUAGCUAAGUAACGAAAGUAGCCCUCUUCCUGUUAUAUAAAACUAAAGAAAACUCAGUCUUAGUAUCAGUAAAAACAAUUAAUGCUCUCUAAUCAGCAAUUAGAAAGAUUCAGAAGUUCAUAGAUAAAUCCUUAAAUCAAACACAAAUGGAACUUCAAAUAUUUCUUAAAUGAGCUAUAAUGUUUAGGAAGAUAAAUAAAAUUAUCUAGCAUUGAAAUAAUUUAUAAUAAAAUAAAAGAUGAGAGGGAAUAGAAAUUUAAGUCCAUUAUAGAGCAACUCACAAACACCUGACAAAAAAGAUAAACUGAAUAAUAAUAGCAUUAACUACUCAAACAACAACAUAAUAAAAAACAUCAAUCAAAGUUCAAAUUUAAGAAUACUUCCUUCAAAUAUAAAUAAAGACUCAGAGCCUCAAAAACCUACUUUAAAAAUUAAUUAUAGACAACAAACGCUUUCACCAAACAUGAGUGCAAACAAACCAACUACAGAGAGACCGAAUAUGAAUAUUUAAAAUCCUCCUGAAGUUGUUUCUCCAUAUAAACUGUUACCUAAAAUAUACUCUUCAUCUAUAAAUUAACAAAUGAAUUCUAACUAAAAUGGAAUAGACAUAUAUAUCAGAGGAUCUUAUCAAAAUAAAAUAAAAAAGAGAGUUUACAGCAAUUAAGCAACUCUUAAUUAUGAGGGCUCUUAAGACUUAUCUCAGGAAGAGCCAAGUUAUUAUAAAUUAAAUUAAACAAAAGACGUAAGUGAAUUACCAUAUUAAGACUAAGAUAUCACACUUCGAACUCCAUCUCAAAAUAAAAAGAAAAUUAAAUAUUAAAGUGUAGAUGUUAAUAGUAAUAACAACAACAGCUUCUUAAAAAAAAUAAAAGAUUAAUCAAUAUUUAAGUCAAAAGAAUUAGCUAAUAAUUUGAGUAUAAUAUCUGCUGAUGACUUAAGUUAAAAAUCAAAAAGGAGAAAUUCAAAUAAAUUAUAAAAAAGUAUUGAAAAAAGAUAAUCACGGUAAAAUAAUUUUAAAGAUAAAGAUUAAAAUAAUUCAAAUAUAAAUAAUAAUUCAAAUAUUCUCGUCAAAGUUGAUGAUUAGCAAUAAUGA